CGUAAACACGCGAGAGUCUGACUGCGGUCAACGACGUUGUGUGGCGCCAGCGGCAGGCGGUUGUCAUGGUUACUUUGCCACAAACCGGCCGAAGUUCGCGCCCUUUGAGUAAGACAUGUCCGGCGUUCGAGCUCCGGCAAACAAAACCAAAGCCGGAUUUAUUUAGAUAAUUUCUGCUUAAACUUUAUUAAACUAAUACAUGUAUGUUCCGUGGUAAUUUUUGUACUUAUCGAUGUAGCUGGGUUUCGAUAGUUUAGAAGUUAAUUGCGACUUUUUAGCUGGUUAGCUAGUUCUUGCUAGUUGGUACUAGCAUUGCACUGUGUUUUCGUUGGUGUACCUCUGGGUUUUUUGUGUCUGUUAAUCUAUUAACUACUACAGGGAAGUUUACAUCGUUUUUGAUAGUGAGUCAGACAUACCUGUGUAUUAAUAUGUUUUUCGGGUUGUGUGAUUUCCAUACAUGUAUAUAGUUGCCACUUGGUUUACCAUAGCUUGGUGUUAACUACAGAUCUGAUUUGGGAUUCUGAAAUUGCCCUGGCGUGCAGCACAUGUCACACUGUCUUCUGAUUACUGGUUGCAUUUACAACAUGCCACAUUAUAUAUAAGUCACAGUAUUUUGUGUGUCAGGUAUAGAGAUAAAUAUUAUUUUUUAGGAUGAAUUCAGUUAAACUAAUUGAGAGUUAGCUGUAGUAAGCUGCCCUACACACAAACGCUGUGACCCCAGAGGUGAGCUGCUGUUCACCCAAACGCCCUGACUCCACAGGAAGGCUCACAUCCAACUGAACACCGUGACCCCAGAGCUAAGCUGACAUGUACCCAAACACCCUGAUCGCAGAGUUAAGCUGUCAUCUACUCAGAUGCCCUAAUUCCAAAGGUAAAGCUCUUAUCCAACCAACUGCAUCCAACCAAGCGCCUUGACCCCAGAGUUAAGAUGACAUAAACCCAAACACUGAUAAAAGAGGUACAUUUUCAUCCACUCUGACUCCUUGAUCCCAGACGUAAACUGUCGUCCACCGAAACACCCUGGCCCUAGAGAUAAGCUCCCAAACAUACAACCGGCCCAACCACAGAGGUAAGCUGCUGUCUAUCCAAGCACCCUGAUCACAGAGGCAAACCACUGUCCGCCCAAACACCCUGAUCCCAGAUGUAGGCUGCCAUCCACGCAAACACAUUGUUCCCAGAAGUAAUCUGCCAUUCACCCAACCAUGCUGAUCCCAGAGGUAAACUACCUUCCAUCUAACCGCCUUGUUCUCUGGGGUAAGCUGACAUUUACCCAAAUACCCUGAUCCCAGAGGCAAGCUGCGGUCCACCCAAACACGCAGACCCCUCAGGUAAGCUCACAUCCACCCAAAUGCCCUAACCCCAGAGGUAGGCUGCCUGUGACCCAGCCCCCUGACCCCUGAGGUAACCUCGCUUCCACCUAAACACUCUGAUCUCAGAGGCAAGCUGACAUUUGCCCAAACACCCUGAUCACAGAAAUAAGCUGCCAUCCACCUAAACGACCUACCCCUAGAGGUAAGCUGACAUCCAUCUAACUGCCUUGAUCCUAGGCUGCCCCAGUACGUCUAGGUGGUGACAAUCCAUCCUACAGGGUUGACAUGAUGUGCUUUCCUGAAGCACACAAAGGACACCUCGGGUUUUAUGAAGGUGUAUGACAGUGUUUUAGCCCGACCCUUGUGCAGAGGUCGGAAGUCUGCGGUAGGCUGGGGAUCCCGCAGUGGCUGGUGGCUUGUCCGCCGCCCUGCUGGGCGAACUGGUGUUUUUAUUUUUAGCUGCUUUUAUAGUUUAGCUCUGCUCGGCUCAUUGGAUCGGAUUGGCGGACGUCGGGACCAUGGCGGCGGAAGGACUCUGCUCCAGCGGCGACGUCGGUGGACCUUCCCGGAUGGCAACGGCCGGCGGACCAUCGAGGAAGCCCUUCAGCGGGCUGUGGCUGGUAGCACGCGGGGGCCUGCGGAAUACCGCCCGGUUCUGCUGGAGGGCUGAGGGGGAGGUGGGCACCUUCUCCGACCGGCUGGCCUUCAUCCGGGAGGUGGCCUUCAAAGCACUGGGCCUUCAGAUGCAGGACAUCCUCUGCGUACAGCGGAAUGGGCCCUUCCGCUUCUUCGAGGUCACCUUGUCCACCGACGAGAGUUACACCAAGGUCCUGGAGCGGAGCAAGGAGGGGGCCCAGCACUCCCUCCUCGGACGUUACAACAUCGAGCCGCUGUGGUGGCCCGACAAGCGGGUAAUUACCGUCCAUUGUUUCAACCCGCAUGUUACCGCCGAGGCCGUUUCCCAAUUUCUGACAAAGUAUGUGGACCUCCUUCCUGGCCACAGGGACAUCCGGGAUGAGCUGGGGAUCUGGACUGGCCGACGCCAGUUCCAGGCCCGCCUGCGCCCGGACGCUAAUGGGGCAGGCGGUUUUAGCCACCCCCCAGCCUAUUUUACUCUACAGGGAAAUAAGGCAUACCUUUUUUAUUCUGGACAGCCUCCCUUCUGCCGGCAGUGCCACAGCUUUGGACACACCCUGGAGGGAUGCGCCAACCUGCGCUGCCGCAACUGCCUGGAGUCGGGGCACAUGGCCAGGGACUGCAAGGGCCCCCGUCGCUGCAUUCACUGCAACGGCGAGGACCAUCUGGCUCGUUCCUGCCCACAGAAAAAGACUACAUAUGCCGACGCUCUGUCGGGUAACAGAGCAGUCGGCACGGAGAAUGGUGGGGAGCCCUAGCCCCCACGACUGGGCAGGAACAGCCGGCGACGGGGGCAGGAGGAGAAGCCCUGGUCGAGGUGGAGGAGGCCCCUUCGAGUGCGACACCAAUGCAGGAGGGGUCUCCGAACAAGGUGGAGCAGCUCGCCCUGGCUCCAGGCGUCAGCAGCAGGCGAAAGAAGAGCGGUGCAUCCCCCCGGGGGAGGAAGAAGAGCAGAAGGGAGGCGCAACCCUACGCAUCCAGCCCUCCGGCGGCCUCCUCGCCAGCAGUGGCGGCCGGGGACCAAGGCCGACAGUGUCCCCCCUCCCCGAUGUUAGAGGCCCCCCGUCUGGUGUGGAACUUGGGACAGUCCCCUGUACCCCCCCAGGAGUACAGCGGUCAACAGGACACUGCUAAUGAACAGGAGUACCUGGGGGGGGCUGGAAUUGGGGGACCUUUUGAGGUUGACUGAGGAGGGGGGGCAGUAGGACAGUAUUGUUUUUAAUGGCUGGCUUUUAUUAUUUUAGUUUGUUGUUUUUAAUUGUAUUAUUAUUUUAGCAUUCUAUGGCCAAUUUUAAUAUUGUCACCUUGAAUGUAAGGGGUUUGAGGAACAUUUUAAA